AAUUACACUAUUUGUUACUACAAUCGUAAUGCUGGGAGCAAUGUCACAGCAGGAAAGUUAUCAAUAUGGGAAGUAGGUCCUGAACUAUUUGAUAGCUUAAGAGCCUAUAAGAAGAUAACCAAAUCAGUUGUGGACCUACCUUUCACAGCUAAUAAGAGCACAUUUUGUGGGAUUGAUUCUGAAGUGACACCAAUUAGUAAUGUACCAAGUCCUGACCCAGCAGUGGAGAUUGUGUGUGUAUUACUGUCUUCCAGUGAAUUCAACAGUUUUUGUUAAACCUGGUAGUGUUGUUGGUAUAGUAUAUACUGAUGGAGUUGAUUAUAACAGAGGUCAAAUACUAACUCGUCAUUCAUCACAAACUGUAGGAACUUGUGUUGGAAAUGUCUUACUUUCGCAAGACGAUCUUGUUGGAGUGUCCUGUCCUAUAGUACCAGCUAAUAUUACCACUGCUUUACUAGCUGGAGCUGGUAUUGAGCCAAUUUAUUGUCCUGAAUUAUCUCUACAGUAUGGUAGCAUUAAUAUCUCUGGUCCUUACUCUUUUGGUACUGGCAUUGAAUACACUUGUCAGACUGGUUUCCAACUGGUUGGUGUUUCCAGUCAAACCUGCUUGUCCAGUGGAGACUGGAGUGAUGAAUUACCUUAUUGUAAUGUACUCAACUGUACUGACCCAGGAGCACCUAGUAAUGGGAAUCGCGAUCUACACAGCUACACUAAUGGUUCUUCAGUUUUCUUUUAUUGUUACGAUGACUUCACCUUAAGAGGCAAUAGAUUAAUCACUUGCUAUCGUGGGACGUGGACUGCCCCUGUACCAGAAUGUGUGCAAUAUAAGAAAAUUGGUUUAAUUGUUGGACUUGCUUUUUCCACUCUUUCGGCAGUACUGGUUGUCAUUAUAGCUAUAAUACUAGUAGUAGUAAUAGUCAUGUUUAAGCAUAAAAUAAAGAAAAUUAAAAAACAGUAAUCCAAUGACACUGAUAUUGAUAUAUUAUUUCUAAUAGAAAUUGUGACAUUGAUAUGAUUGAAACAAAUGAGAGUCCAGCUUAUAACUUACUUAAUAAUGAUGAUGAUGAUGAUGAUGACAUGCAGUAUAAUCAAACAUAUGACAGAGAAAUGAGAACAUAUGCUACAAUAUUGUCACUUGAUGAAAACUAUGCAAGAAUAGAAGACUAUUAGCUGAUGAUUAAACUAUGCAACUCUUUUCUUAGUGAUUCACAAGUCACAUUAAUAUACAGUAUUGUAGUGUACUAUAUAGCUAAAAAUUUGGUCAAGUAAUAAUUUAAAGA